UCGCCCGGCCCGCGGGAGCCUAGUGCACAAGCUCGCGCCUCAGGUCCCGCGAGGCUGAGGCGCCGCCGCCGCGCCGGGAGCCGAGACGUGGCUCCCGCCGGGAGACCAUGUUGGACUUCGCGAUCUUCGCCGUCACCUUCUUGUUGGCGUUGGUGGCAGCAGUGCUCUACCUCUACCCGGCUUCCAGACAAGCUGCAGGAAUUCCAGGGAUUACUCCAACUGAAGAAAAAGAUGGUAAUCUUCCAGAUAUUGUGAACAGUGGAAGUUUGCAUGAGUUCCUGGUUAAUUUGCAUGAGAGAUAUGGGCCCGUGGUCUCUUUCUGGUUUGGCAGGCGCCCUGUGGUUAGUUUGGGCACUGUUGAUGUACUGAAGCAGCAUAUCAACCCCAAUAAGACAGUGGACCCUUUUGAAACCAUGCUAAAGUCAUUGUUAAGGUAUCAAUCUGGUGGUGGGACUGUGAGUGAAAACUAUGCAAGAAAAAAAUUGUAUGAAAAUGGCGUGACUGAUUCUCUGCAGAGUAAUUUUGCUCUCCUGCUAAAGCUAUCAGAAGAAUUAUUAGAUAAAUGGCUCUCCUACCCAGAGUCCCAGCAUGUACCCCUUUGCCAGCAUAUGCUUGGCUUUGCUAUGAAGUCUGUUACACAGAUGGUAAUGGGUAGUACAUUUGAAGAUGAUCAGGAAGUCAUUUGCUUCCAGAAGAACCAUGGCACAGUUUGGUCCGAGAUUGGAAAAGGCUUUUUAGAUGGAUCACUUGAUAAAAAUACUCCUCGGAAAAAACAAUAUGAAGAUGCCCUUAUGCAACUAGAAUCUAUUUUGAAGAAAAUCAUAAAAGAACGAAAAGGAAGGAACUUCAGUCAACGUAUUUUCAUCGACUCCUUAGUACAGGGGAACCUUAAUGACCAACAGAUCCUAGAAGACAGUAUGAUAUUUUCUCUGGCCAGUUGCAUAAUAACUGCAAAAUUGUGCACCUGGGCAAUCUGUUUUUUAACCACCUCAGAAGAAGUGCAGAAAAAACUAUAUGAAGAGAUAGACCAAGUUUUUGGGAAGGGUCCUAUUACUCCAGAGAAAAUUGAGCAGCUCAGAUAUUGUCGGCAGGUGCUUUGUGAAACUGUUCGGACUGCCAAACUGACCCCAGUUUCUGCCCGGCUUCAAGAUGUUGAAGGAAAGGUUGACAAAUUCAUUAUUCCUCGAGAGACACUUGUUCUUUAUGCCCUUGGUGUGGUACUUCAAGAUCCCAGUACUUGGCCAUCACCAUGCAAGUUUGACCCAGACCGGUUUGAUGAUGAGUCAAUAAUGAAAACUUUCUCCAUGCUUGGAUUCUCAGGCACACAGGAAUGCCCAGAGUUGAGGUUUGCAUAUAUGGUGACCACAGUACUUCUGAGUGUAUUGGUGAGGAGACUGCACCUACUUCCUGUGGAGGGACAAGUUAUUGAAACUAAAUAUGAACUGGUAACAUCCUCUAAGGAAGAAGCGUGGAUCACUGUUUCAAAGAGAUAUUAAAGUUUUAUACAUUUAACUUUGUUGAGGAAAGUGGCCAUUUAGAAAAUUUAUAUUGAAUCAUUUUACAAAGCAAGUAACAUUGUAUAAUAUAAACACAUAUAAGUACUUUAUUUAGUAAAUUUGUAUUUUUGUAUAUUAGAUUUUCUUAAUGGAUGAUAUAUAUUUAGACUUACUCCAUCAAUAUAGUGAUAAUAUUAAUGGUAAGUUUUCUAUUUUUAAUUUUUGUCAUCACUUUCUAUGCCAUUAUUUGUAUAUACUCUUCUUAGUUUAAUCUCUAAAGUUAAUAUUCUUGAAAAGAGAAAUUAUUUUGCAGCAUUUGGAGAAUCCUGUUUUCUGAAUAUUCAUAAAAGAGAAAUAUAAGCCUAUUCUUUUUCCAUAGUUCCAAUAAAUCACCUUAAAGGGGGAAGAGAGGAUUUCUCAUAAUUUUAUUUCUUGGAUUAAUAUUUUUAUUGUCUGAGCAUAAAUUAAUUUGUGUUUAAUCAUUGUUAUUAUGCUUCAUUACUCAUUUGCUACUUUUAUGCCUCCCCAGACGAUAGUGUUCAUUUCAUGACUUACACAAGUCUCAUCAUUUUGAGUGUUCUGAUCAUUUGGGAAGUAAUACAAUGGUGUUUUCAUGUGUCCUGUCUAAGUGACAAACGAAAAUUAAGGCUUGUUUUCCUUCUGUUUUGCUGGAAUUCUCCUUAACACUAAAUUACUCCACUAAUUCUCAUUUGUGGAAAAAACAAUUUCUAAAUUUACUUAUGUCAUAUACUUAACAUAAUGAAUUUAUGAUUAAGAAAUGAGAGAGCAUUAAUCAAAAACCAAAACCAAAUUAAAAAGAAAACAAAGAUAGGCUAAAAUAAUUGCAAAAUGUAUGACAGAAAUGGAUAAUAACUUAUAAAGUGUUCAUUCAGAUUGGUAAGAAAACAUACAAGUGAUAAACAGAUAAAAGAUAUGAAUAGCAGCUUUUACAGGAGGGAAUAGCUAAUAAACUUUUAGAAAUGGUCAUUCUCACUAGUAAGUAAAGAAAUAUUGGUGCUAUUUCAAACACAUUAACAUUUUAACACUUACACUUUAGUGCUGAUAAGUUUUAUGUUGAAUACUUUUUUAUUGAUAGUAUUGUAUUUCAGUCCACUUUUUUUGGUUAUGCUGUUCUUAAAGACUUUUUUUAAACACAUCUUUCAAAGACAAUAACUGAAGGAAAUAUGCCAAGUGCAGAUAGAGAGGAAAGGAAGAAAAAUGAAAAAUGUUGCAGGUGAGCUUAUUUUUUACACUUCUGAAUUUCGUUUGUAAAUUUAGUUUCAAGAAUGUACUUUAGUUGGUAAUUAUUAUUUUAUGCUGUGUUUAUGGUUAAGUAGCUAACAUUUAGACCUAGUUAUGGGUGGUUAACUUAGAAUUUAAUUAGAUGCAGGCUCUAUUUCUGACAAAAUAUUUAACAUACAGAAUAAUUUAAAUUUUAAAACUUUAAAUCAAAUGUAUUCAUAGUUCCUAGCAUCAUGUUGUUUCUAAAAAGAUAUAUUUCAAAAUAAUUUGUUAAAUUUAUUCCCACCCCACCUAUCAUUUUCUAUGGUUUUGUGUAGUUAGCACAUCUCCCUUUGUUGUCCAGGUACUUUAAUUGGUUUGGAAACUGGCAGUAAAAGGUAAGAGUGGGCAAUCAAAAUGUAAACCAAGUGUCAGUAAAAUCAGAUGAGGUAAGUGGAAUUUUAAAGUGAGACCAAUCAGCAGUGAUCACAGCAAAAACAGCAAUUGAGCCAGGGUCAGGGAGUUGGCAUAUUGCCAAUAAAUGAGGCACUGUAUAAUUACUAAUAAUGAUUGGAAUCAAGGAAAAUAGAGGCCAGAAGAGUCAGCUAACUAAGCAUAUUUUAUUCAUAGUUACAUGACUAACUUAAAACAUUUAAAAAAUCAUCUUCAAAAAAAUUAAAAAAUUUAAAACACUGUUAAUCAUGUAUAAAAUAAGUUGUCAUUCACUGUUGUUCUUACUUGGUCUUUUGUAUUUAUCAAAUGACUGAGAUUUUAGUAGCUACAGUGUCACCGAGGGCUUGUAGCAUAACUCUAGCAGAACCCUUACUUAAGUUUUGUAGCUUUUUGGGUUUUUAAAAAACUAUUGGUUCACUGUGAUCUGCAUUCUUUUUGAUAGUUCAGAAGUUUAUCUUUAAAAACAUCAGUACAACACAUUUU